ACUCUAGAAUCCGCAAGUUCCUGGUGCAGCUUCAUUGGGGCGAAGGAUAAAACACAGAUUUCUUGCGAAGAAUCCAAAGGGCAACGUCUGUGCAGGCCGCUGGGAAAGGCAACGUCCCAAAAGCUGCGAUCUGAAGCUUUUUCUCCUCAAUCCCGAAUUCUUUCUGCCCAGGCAUGGGACAGCUUCGGAUUCACCUCAGUUGCUAGUGCAGUGGCCAGAGGUGCCAGCUUCUCAACCUUCGCCUUUCCUGUGCACGGCCAAAAAACGCUGCAACAAAACUCUGAUCACCCGUGGGAAAUCCAGAAAAGUCUUUUAAAUAAUCUAGGCAUUAUUCCCUCCGUUUAGCUACAAGUCAGGUAGGCUCAGGGCACUGCGCUGCGUUGCAUGAGUUUAUUGAAGAAAUGGUUUCAAGGUAUUUUUAACACUGCAAAAGAACAUAAUUGUAUUCUGUCCUCAAAGUAGUUUUGUCGCAACUGUAACUUCCCACUGGCUGUGUGUUCUCUGAGUACUCGGCAUUUUUCCAAUAAAACCUACCUCCAAGGCGCAGCGGGAGACAGCCCGGGUCAUCUCAAGCAGAACACCAGUCGCUGGCUGUUUUCUCCUAACCUGAGUGCUCGGCCUUCCCGGACUUGAGAUCUGUGGUUUCCAUCUGGUCGGAGGACCUGCGCAGGACCAAGCUUCACACAUGACUUAAUAAGGAAAUGCCAGUGCAGAAGAGGACACAGCAUGACUACUAGCCUAUGACUCCGAACAGUAUGACAGAAAAUGGCCUUCCAGCCUGGGACAAACAGAAGCCCCGUCCAGAGCGAGGACAGGACUGGAAGCUGGUAGGAAUGUCCGAAGCCUGCCUACACAGGAAGAGCCAUGUGGAGAGGCGCGGUGCACUGAAGGAUGAGCAAGCAUCCCCACACCUCAUCCAGGCCACUUGGACGAGUUCUAUAUUCCAUCUGGAUCCUGACGAUGUGAACGAUCAGAGCGUCUCAAGUGCCCAGACCUUUCAGACCGAAGAGAAGAAAUGUAAAGGGUAUAUCCCCAGCUAUUUAGACAAGGAUGAGCUGUGUGUAGUGUGUGGGGACAAAGCCACGGGGUACCACUACCGCUGCAUCACCUGUGAAGGCUGCAAGGGUUUCUUUAGAAGAACCAUUCAGAAAAGUCUCCAUCCAUCUUAUUCCUGUAAAUAUGAAGGAAAAUGCGUCAUAGACAAAGUCACUCGCAACCAGUGCCAGGAAUGUCGCUUUAAGAAAUGCAUCUAUGUUGGCAUGGCAACAGACUUGGUACUGGAUGACAGCAAGCGGUUAGCCAAGCGGAAGCUCAUAGAGGAGAACCGUGAGAAGAGGCGACGGGAAGAGCUGCAGAAAUCUAUUGGGCACAAACCGGAGCCCACGGAUGAGGAGUGGGAGCUCAUCAAGACGGUCACGGAGGCCCAUGUGGCCACCAAUGCCCAGGGCAGCCACUGGAAACAGAAGCGGAAAUUUCUGCCAGAAGACAUUGGACAAGCACCCAUUGUGAACGCCCCAGAAGGUGGCAAGGUUGACCUGGAAGCCUUCAGCCAUUUUACAAAAAUCAUCACACCAGCAAUCACCAGAGUGGUGGAUUUUGCCAAAAAGUUGCCCAUGUUUUGUGAGCUGCCCUGUGAAGACCAGAUCAUCCUCCUCAAAGGCUGCUGCAUGGAGAUCAUGUCCCUUCGAGCUGCUGUGCGCUAUGACCCAGAGAGCGAGACUCUGACCUUGAAUGGGGAAAUGGCAGUGACACGGGGCCAGCUUAAAAAUGGGGGUCUUGGGGUAGUGUCGGAUGCCAUCUUUGACCUGGGCAUGUCUCUGUCCUCUUUCAACCUGGAUGACACGGAAGUUGCCCUGCUUCAGGCCGUCCUACUGAUGUCUUCAGAUCGCCCAGGGCUGGCCUGUGUUGAGAGAAUUGAGAAAUACCAAGACAGUUUCCUGUUGGCCUUUGAACACUAUAUCAAUUACCGAAAGCACCACGUGACACACUUUUGGCCCAAACUCCUGAUGAAGGUGACAGACCUGCGGAUGAUUGGAGCCUGCCAUGCCAGCCGCUUCCUCCACAUGAAGGUGGAGUGCCCCACAGAGCUCUUCCCCCCUCUGUUCUUGGAAGUAUUCGAGGACUAAGUGGACUGGGCAGGUUCUUGUCAUUCCUGCAGCAGCAGCACAACUGGAUGUCAUUUCAUUCCACCUCUGGCUCUUCGUGUUGUUGUUUCCUUGUUGCUUUGUGUCUGUCGGGUGGGGUCAUCCGGAGUCAGUGGGUUGCCAAGGCAGAGACGGGGAGGAGACUGUCUCUUGAAUGUGGGUCUUUGUAACUGUCGAAUUUGUUCUCCAGUCCUUAGUGUGAAUGCUUUGAAGGGUUUACACCAGUGGAGGGUGAGUGGGGGACACGCAUUAUCUCACCAGCACCAGCCAUCACCAGCUCCCAUCUGUCUCUGGUCAGAGACUCAAGCAAGUCAAAUAGCACUGCAGAAAACUAACGAAGCCUUAACGCCACGACCGCAGUCAUCCUGAUCCAGUUCUGAUGUGCGCAGGGUGAAGCUGGCAGAGCCCAGGCCCACUCGGGUUGGGUGUGGCUUUCAUCGUGUAAGGGUUAGAAGCAGAUUCUACCCAGGAGCUCACCAUUUCCAGUACCCUGACUCUCCAAGCAGCAUGACUUGGAAUGUGCAGGAAUAGCCACACCAUAACCAGUCAGCUUUCCUUCCUGUGGCCUUUUGUAACCUGGUGAUUUACUUCAAGUUGGACAGAGUAUGACUUGAAGACUUUGCUGGUUGGAGGCCACAAGGAGAGUCUUUUUCUCAGCAUGCCCAUAGAGCUGGGAAAUCUCCAUCAAUGUUACAAGCAUAGUUUCCAAAAUGCAAGUAGUAUUACCUCGCGCGGGAAGGCGUCUCCACAGCUUACAUAGAUUCACAAGCCAUUUCCACAAAGCUCAAGCCUGUUUACAGAGUGCCGUGUCUCUUUGGUGGCUCCGCACCAGUCCUUUCCCCAGCUCACAGAGGUCUUUAUCCAGGUGGUCUGCUGGGCUGAUGUCACUUCCCUAUGCAUUAUAACUUCUGAUCAGGGAGAGACACAUGUUGAAAUUCCAGUCUUGUUUGCAAAAAUCCCUGGGCAAGAUAGUGUAGGAAUAUUCUGAUCCAAAGGAAGUGCACUACUCAUGGGCUAUCAUGGCGAAGGCUGUCCAAUGGCUGGAGGAUGCCUUCACUGGUCUUGGAUCCAGAAGAGCUUUACUUUAUUCACAGUUCUCUCCCAGCCCCUCACCUCCCCACUACAGUCUGUGGUACUCAACAGCUUGACUCUCUCCAAACACUAAUUCUUCUAUAGCUUAAACAUCAUGACAUCCUUAUAAACAAUGGCAGACCAUGCCUAAGAACACAGUUACCUUGGCUGCCGCCUACCCCCAAUGACCAGCGUACAGCAGACGUUCCUGAGAAACAAGUAGUAACAACUUACUACAAAUGGGCAAAGAAUGUACCCAUGCAACUGAAUGUACCCCAUUCUUCACUGACAUAGCAGAUAUGAACUACCCCUCUGCCUGCCUGUCACUGCCUUAUCCUGGAAAUACUGGGGAAAACAAGCCAUACCCGCCAGACUUACCUAAAAACAAAGGAAAGGAAGUCACUGUGAAGAGUAAGGAAACGCACUUGCGUUCAUUAGACUUUGGAACAUACUUGGCCUCACUGGAAGUCAGAGCACCUGAGUUCUAGUUUGUGCUUGGCCGCCUGGUCAGUUUAGAACCUCACAGCUUCAGUUUUCUAACUGGGUAAAUAAGUCAAUCUAAAAUCCCUCUGAUUUUCUCUGUUUAUGACCUUCCAGUAAAGGGGUUGGAAGUGUCCUUGAAAGAUUCCUUUCAUAUUCAAAUAUGUUGCCUUUAUCAGACAAAAGGCAAGGCCCAUUUACAACUAAGAAAUGAAUCUGGCUUUUAUUCAAAAUAAGAGUUUGACUCAGAAGAAGGCAGAAUGGCCUUGGAAGAGGAGAGGUGCAGUCUCCAGAGCCUGUGGAAAUAGCCUAGAGGGAAGGCAUGCCAGAUCCCUAAGGCACUGAGACCGACUUCCCAGGUAAAGAAAAUGAGAACUCUCUGUGGACUUGGUGUAGACAUUAAAAUAGAAGCAAGAAGCCCCAUAGAUUCAUGUUUAAACAUCCAUUCAGGGUUUGCUUUCCCAGGCAGCCUGUAGCCAGCCUCCUCCCCCACAACCUUCAUUAAACAUCUGUUCUGUCAACUCUUCUGGAGGACCUCUGUCCAGACAAUAAAAACAAGCUUGCUGUGAGGCAAGUUCUCCCAAAAGGAGAGAGAGGGAGGCCGGCUCACACUCUGCUAGGACACAAGAGUUUCUGAGGAAGUUUCCUGAUUCUGAUGGCUUCUGAAAGACAUCAGACACCUGCAAGAUUUUGGACCAGGGGUCAUUGAGGGUGCUGUAGGGAUUAACCACCACUGGACACAAGCCCAAUCCUCAGCCGUCCAGUCAGCUCCGGCACGUUAUCCUCACUCGGUAAAAGUUCACCUUCAAGGGGCAGACCCUGCUCCAGCAAGCAUGCUGCAGGCUGAGCAUUCCUACUGAAUAAGAUAUGCAAGCUUCGGUCUUCUGGCAGAAGGAACAAGACCAACAGAUCAUCAGAAUGACUAAAGUCAUGCCCUCCUCCGGGAAACUCCAUUUUAUGAAACUAGAUUGUGAGGAAUUGGCUCCCAACUUUUUUUUCUUUUCUUUUUAGAAAGCGUUUUCUUCUAAUUUUGUCCAGACUUUCAAAUCAAGUGGAUGUGGUGGGAAGAACUUUCAUACCUCCCCCACUGUGGGGAGACAUUCCAGUCAAGGAGAACAUGCCCAUCCCGCUGGGAUGCUCACUUACAAAUCAAUGUAUGGUUGAGAAGGCUGUGCACAUACAAUAGACGUGUGUGUGCACAUGUGUGUGUACGUGUGUUUGUUCCCUCAAGUGUGCUUUGCACUUCAGUGUCAAUGUGCAAAACUUCCAGAAACUGGAAGAAAAAAGAACAACUUUUAUUCUCUAUGAUUCUGCUGAAAACACCAUGUGCCGCCUCUGAGCUUCUUCUAGCUUGAUGAGCCUCAGUUCUCAGUGAUGCGCUUGUGUGUUGGAGCCUCAGCUCAGCCUGUCCCCUGCCCGUGGCCCCAGUGCCACCUCCACCCAGUGCAAUCUCGGGGAGAGUGAGGCUGGCUCCACUCUGCACAUUAACCUGCGGGGCUGGCGCCCAAGCCUUGAUCUCCUCACACUCAGCCCUCCCCAACCCAGCCUCAUGACCUGCUGGGCCUCUUCAGAGCAUGUCAUUGUCAGUAAGACAUCCUCAUUCUGAGGAACUCAAACCUAUUCAUGUCAUAUUGACCUUUUGCUGCAUGAGUCAUAAAUUAUGAAAUCAGUCUUAUGGUUUUUGAGAUGUAGCCAGCGUUUUGUAAGGCUAAACCUUUUUCAUGAACUUAAUUGAAUAACCAAACCCAGAUCCUCCUCAAAAUGAGAGACGACAGACAACUGAAUCUCUUGGCCCUUUGUAAUGGCGAUGGCAUCAGGUCCUACAAUAAGCUCAUAAUUUCCUGUUAUUUUAAUAAUGUGGAAAUGUUAGCAUAGUGUUUCUUUUCAUAGUGAUAGACUGAUCCAUAUUUAAAUUUUAUAGAGAAGAAAUUUUAUUGUACUGUGAUGUAGAUAUUUAUUAUCCAGGUAAGGAUUUGCCCGGUGUGUAUUUUUUACAAUUGAAACAUUUUACUUUAAUCUUUAAAAACAGAAAAAAAGACAUUAAAAACACACACAUACAAAAAAAAGACUAGGGAAUAAAAGGUUUGGCCUUAUCGUAGAAUUUUUACUGUGUUGUAUAAAUGUUUGCAAAUGAAAAAUUACACAUUUCUAGUGUGUUUCCACAUUAAUUAAUGCGCCUUCAGGAGCAAUAUUGUGCUGAUUGUGGCUUUCUGUUGCACAGCUCAAGCUGACCCACCUUAUGCACAAGACAAUCAAAUGUGAGUCUUUCCUCUGAGGAUGUGGACAGUACUCAAGAGAUCACACGUGAGACACAGGAAGAGACUGUAGGCAAGCCAAUGCGCUGAUGGGGAGACGGUCAGUGCAUGCGUGCACUCGUGUGGCCCAAUGCCACUUCCUCCCUUUGGCUGUUUUUUGUGACCUUGGCAUCUGUCAUUUGACAUCAUAUAGCCAAAGUAGUUCUCCAUGCUUUCUUCAGAGAAGAUGAUUCUUUUUUCCAUAAUGUUUCAUGCCCUGUUGAAUCAGGAGAAAAAAAAAAGGUACAGAAUAGAGAGGUUUACAGUCAGUGGAAGAUUUGUGUUUUGCAAACAGUGUUAAGUGAUAUUGCUAGACUGGUAAUAUUUUUUUCAGCCUAAAAUUGUUGAAAUCUGUGAUCAAAAUGUUUUAAACUAUCCAAAAAGAAAAUUUGUAUAUUUGGGAAAAUGGAUUUUUACAUAGCUUUUGUAUGCAGAUAUUAAAUUGUAAUUAUGAAUAUAGUGGGCAUAGAUACUCAUAAGCUUAAAUUCUAAAAAAGAAAAAGCUUACAAUGGA